AUGAAACCCGAGGAUCUCCUUCAGCAUCUUAGUCCCAACCCCGUUCAGAAAUGCAGCCUCGGCUGCCCAAUUCUAGACGGCUUUCUCGGCGGCGGCAUUCCUUGCAAUUCAAUUACCGAAUUAGUUGCUGAAAGCGGCUGUGGCAAAACCCAAAUCUCCCUUCAGCUCCUCCUCUCCGCUCAGCUUCCCACUUCUCUUGGCGGCCUUUCUGCUUCCUCCUUAUAUCUCUACUCUGAAUCUCCGUUUCCCCUCCGCCGCCUUCACCAACUCUCCUCCUCUUUCCCCACUCUCCACAAUCCAUUGGGUAAUAUCCUAACUCAUCCUCUUCACUCUGCUCACCACCUGUUCGACGUAUUGUCCCAAAUAGACUCCUUAUUAUUAUCCCGUCCUACUUCCUUUCCCCCUAUUAAGCUAAUUGUAAUCGACUCCAUUGCUGCUUUAUUUCGCUUUGAAUUUGAGAACAACGCGCGCGACCUUAAGCAGAGAUCUGGUUUAUUCUUCAAGAUUUCAAGCAAAUUGAAGGAGCAAGCUAGGCGUUUUGGGUUGGCGGUAGUGGUAAUCAACCAGGUUGUGGAUGUAAUUGAUGAUUCUGAUAGUUUAAGAAUUGGGAAUUCCACUUGCUUGUAUACAUCUGAGAGGAAAGUGUGUGCUGCUUUGGGUUUGUCAUGGGCUAAUUGUAUUAAUACAAGAUUAUUCUUGUCAAGAAAUGAAGAGAGAGUUGCUGAUGAAGAUUGCUUUACUACACAAACUCGGAGGUUUAUACGCGUUGUUUUUGCUCCUCAUCUGCCUGAUUCUUACUGUGAGUUUGUUAUUACUAGAGAAAAAGUUUUUGCUUUAGAAAGAUAA